AUGGUACGCUCCACCGCCAUCGCAGCCGCCGUCGCAGCGCUCGCCCUCCAGGCCGACGCAGCGGGUCUCUACCCCAAGAGCUCCAAGGUUCUCCAGGUCACCACUGCCGACUAUGAUCGCCUGAUCGCAAAGUCCAACUACACUUCGAUCGUCGAAUUCUAUGCGCCAUGGUGCGGCCAUUGCAAGAACCUCCAACCCGCCUACGAGAAAGCCGCCAAGUCCCUCGAGGGUAUCGCAAAGGUCGCCGCCGUUAACUGCGACGAUGAGCUCAACAAGCCCCUGUGCAGCAAGAUGGGCGUUCAGGGAUUUCCCACCCUCAAGAUCGUACGUCCGGGCAAAAAGGCUGGCAAGCCCACAGUGGAGGACUACAACGGCCCACGAGAGGCUAAGGGCAUCGUAGAGAUAGUCAAGGACAAGGUGCCCAACAACGUCAAGCGGAUGACUGAUGCGAAGCUGGAUGAGUGGCUGGAGGAGAACAAGGACAGCGCCAAGGCCAUCCUGUUCAGCGAGAAGGGCGCCAUCAGCGCUACGUUGAGGACUUUGGCUAUCGACUUCGCUGGACUAGUGCCCAUCGCACAGAUCAAAAAGACCGAGAGCGGUGCCGUGGAUAAGUACGGCAUCACCAAGUUUCCCGCGUUGGUUCUCCUCAAGGCUAGAUCUGAUGAGCCCCUCAAGUACGACGGACCUAUGGAGAAGGCAGGCAUGGUGGAUUUCCUCUCGCAGGUUGCCGCACCGAACCCCGACUGUCCCCCAGCCAAGGCAAAGAAGGACGACAAGAAGAAAGAGAAGAAGGACGCCAAGAAGGAAAGCAAAUUCUCCAAGGCUUCAGCUUCACACAAGUCCUCUGAGGCAUCAUCUGCUGCCACAUCAGCUGCGGACGAGACCCUUGAAGAGGCCAACAAGCCCACUGAAUCUCCUGAUGCUAACAUCAAGGACGAGGAUAGCCCCGAGCCAGUCGUCAUUCCCGAGGCCAAGCCUACGAUCCCUGUCAUCGCUGAAGCCUCCGAGCUGCAGGCCUCUUGCCUUAACGAGAAGAGCAAGACCUGCAUUCUCGCCAUCCUCCCCAAGGACGAAUCUGCAGAGGCAGCCACAACAGCGCUUGCCUCCCUUGCCUCCAUUCAUAAGAAGUAUGAUGAUCUGAAGAGCAACCUGUUCCCCUUCAUCGGUGUCCCAGCCUCAAACCCCGUCGCAGCUUCCCUCCUUAAGGAGCUCAGUCUUGGAGGCGAUGACCAAGUCCACCUCGUCGCGACCAACGGCAAGCGAUCCUGGUAUAAGAAGUACUCCGGCUCAACUUACGGCCCUACCGAGGUUGAGUCCUGGGUCGAUGCCAUUCGCAUGGGUGACGGCAAGAAGGAGAAGCUGCCCGGGUCGCUACUGUCUGUUGUCGAAAAGGAGGUUCCGCAGGAGAAGGCCGCGGAGCAGGAGCCCAUCAAGAUCGAGGUUGAGGAAAUUGUCGAAACACCUGAGCCUGCGCCCGUGGAGGAGCCUGAACCCGCUGUGCCUGAACAUGGCGAGCUCUAA